AUAUAAAUAAGGAAACAGCCACACUUGUCCCUCUCGCUCUCUCUUCUUUACGAUUUGGGGUUUCUCGGAAUUGAGUCUCUUACCGAACAACCCAACGAUUUUCUUAAACGGAACCCUAAAAACCGCAUCCGAUCGUUUUCCUCUGGUUGGUGGUAUCUUCUUCUCCUAUGGACGACUAUCAAAAUUUUGUGGCUGAGGGAAAUACUCUCUCAAGUAAAGCGAUUCGAAAGAGAGUGAAGAACUCUGAGUCUACAGCGUUACAGAGAUGUAAGAUUGAUGACUAUGAUUUCGCGGAUCUUGAUAAGGUUUUGAAUGAUGUCUAUCGCUCUUUUCGACCUGUUUCUGCCGACUACGAUACUAGGAAGGAUAUGGUGAAACUCCUCAAUGCAAUGGCUUUAGAUAUUUAUGGAAAUUUUGUAGAUAGUAGCCCGGUCCUUGAGGCGUAUGGAUCUUUUGUGAUGGAUAUGUUUUCCUCGAAGAGUGAUUUGGAUGUAUCCAUUAACUUUGGUGACGGAACAUAUGAGCUUCCUCGUGAUACGAAGAUCCAAAUCCUUAGAAGAUUUGCUGAAAAGCUACGAUCUUUGCAGGGACAAGGGCGUGUUAGGGAUGUCGAAUGUAUCCUCAGUGCGAGGGUGCCGAUUGUCAAAUUCGUUGAUCAGAGGACUUCUGUUGAAUGUGAUUUGUCAGUCGAAAACAAAGACGGCAUGUUGAAUUCACAGAUCAUUCAUAUUAUCUCUCAAAUUGAUGAGAGGUUUCAGAAACUUUGUAUGUUGGUUAAGCAUUGGGCCAAAGCACAUGAAGUUAACAGUGCUUUACACCGAACCCUGAAUUCUGUAUCUAUAACAUUGUUAGUCGCUCACCAUUUACAGAGUCAAAGUCCUCCCAUUCUACCUCCAUUCUCUUCACUAUUUAAAGAUGGAAUUGAUCCUACAAAUGUUAAAAGAAGGAUGGAGACAAGGUUCUUGAACUGGGGACAACGAAAUAAAGAGUCUUUGGGUAGACUAUUUGUAACGUUUUUCGUCAAGCUGCAAUCUGUAGAGUUCCUUUGGAGAAAAGGGCUUUGCGUCAGUUCGCUGAAUGGUCUUUGGAUAUCCAAGAAGUGGGAACAACGCAGCGGCGGAUCCAUUAGUGUUGAGGAUUUUACAGACGUUUCUCAGAAUGUUGCUAGGCGGGUUAAUGAGAAAGGAGCUAAAAAGAUUUACUGUUCUAUACACGAAACCGUCGAUGACCUUCUUGAAUUCCUCCAAGAUGUCGAGAUCACCGGAACACAUCUCAGAGACAAGCUGUUUCGCCACCAACCUGUUGUGCUGCCUCCUCCUCCUCCUUUGCCGCCACUCGAUGCUUACAGACAAAAGCCUUAUAAGUACGAAAUUGGGUAUGUCGGUCUAAUACAAGAAGUGCAUCACAGCAAAAGGGUAUGCUUGGGAAACAACGGCUACAGAGCCGUGGAAGGAGCUGGUCACAUGAGAGUUGAGGAGGAGAGGUACGAGAACCUACGCAACAGGUACGCCGGAAACCGCCGUGAAGAGUUUCAUCACGAGCCCUUGGAUGAUGAUGAUCCUUACAGACAAGCCCCGUUGAAUAGUCCAAGAAAUGGUGGUUUGGUUCGACAUAGGCAUGGUGGUGGUGAAGAGGAAGAACCAAAGCGUGUAGGCCUGAUCCGAGACUACUGUGGUAUGAUUAGUAUUCCACCGCCACCACCACCUAUUGGUAGAGUUGGUAGAGCUUAUUAUGAGUGUUUCGGUCCUCAAAACUUCCCUGAACCUUAUUUUGGUAGACCACACUAGGGUUUUUAUGCUUAAGCAUAGAGUUUAACUAUAACUUCAACUAGGUUUUUCACUCGCUCUAUAUUAUAAAUUGUUUAAUAUAUAUUUGAUUGAAUAAUUUUUACAUUACUUAAAAUAUAAUAAUAAUUUUUUCUAUAUAA